AUGGCGCUAUUCGCGGCAGCGCUGGACCCACUGCUACGCAAACUGGCUGCAAUUCUGCAUGGUUACCAGAUCGGGCAACAGAAGGUCACAUGCAUGGCAUACGCCGACGAUGUGGGAAUCUUUGUCAACAACGAGCAGGAGAUAGACGAAAUAGAACCGAUAAUCACAACAUUUCAAAACGCAUCGGGAGCAAGGGUCAAUCCCAGAAAAACUGUGCUGCUGUCCAUUGGCAACGGAAGUCUGACCAUCAACAGGGAGUGGUAUCGAGUAACCGAGACCCACAAAACACUAGGGAUACUCACCAAAAAAUGCCCACUAAAGAUGGCGACACAAAACUGGCGAACAACCCUACAUACAAUACGAGGGCUCGCCAGGUCUCACUCGAGUAGACAUCUAACAUUAGGACAAAAAGCAGAAUUCAUCAACACAGCGAUCCUGUCGAAAGCCUGGUACGUGGCACAGAUACUGAGUGCACCAACAGAACAAGGAUCCGUCUACUACCUGCUGUGGAGGCGGGAAAUAUUCAAAGUAUCGCAGGCGGCGUGCUCACUGAAGAAGGAGGAAUGA